AACCGUGCGAGCUUUGCGGCGAAGUCGGCAGCCGGCGAUACUCUCUCGUCCAUCACACGCACGCACACACACGCACCCACACGCAGGCACACGCAGGCACACAUCAGCAUCGCAGCGGCGCUUUGCAUCGUGCGGGACGCCUCACGAUCAGGGACCUGUUACGUCCUCCUCCGCGCAUGAAUUAGCGGGCGGACUCGCUGCUCCCGAGGGUCGCCUCUUUCGGACUGGGUGUCUGUUAUGGGGACAUUGCGACAAUGGUGAAGGACAAGGCCGAGAACCGGACGCUCCAGUACCAGCAAACUUUGAUGUAUGGGCGGUACACCCAGGAGCUGGGUGUGUAUGCCAAGGAGGAAGCGGCCCGCCUACGGGACGGCGGAGUGCGGGACGGCGGAGGACUGCGGAGAAACACCAGUGUUCGCAGUCGUGCUGCAGAUCUGCUGGAGUACGAGAAGGACCCCUGUGCAAAGUGCCAUUUGUGUGCCUCCCGCUGCCAGAAGUUCCUGAUCUCGCGGGUGGGGGAGGACUGGAUCUUCCUCAUUCUGCUGGGGCUGCUCAUGGCUCUGGUCAGCUGGGUCAUGGACUACGCCAUCGCCUUCUGCCAAGAAGCACAGAAGUGGAUGUAUGGGGGACUGGACAGUAACAUGCUUCUGCAGUACAUCGCUUGGGUCACCUACCCUGUGGUGCUCAUCACUUUCUCAGCAGGAUUCACACAGAUACUGGCGCCUCAGGCUGUGGGUUCAGGCAUUCCUGAGAUGAAGACGAUACUGAGAGGAGUGGUCCUGAAGGAGUACCUGACGUUUAAGACGUUUGUGGCCAAAGUCAUCGGCCUGACCUGCGCUCUGGGCAGUGGGAUGCCUCUGGGAAAGGAGGGCCCCUUCGUUCACGUUGCCAGCCUGUGCGCCGCUCUCCUGAGCAAAUUUAUGGCUCCUCUGUUCGGCGGGAUUUACAUGGAAGAGCCCUUUGAGGGAAGCAAGAACGAGCUGAGGAACACGGAGAUGCUGUCGGCAGCCUGUGCAGUGGGUGUUGGCUGCUGCUUCGCUGCCCCUAUUGGAGGGGUGCUGUUCAGUAUUGAGGUCACUUCUACGUUUUUCGCUGUGAGGAACUACUGGAGGGGCUUCUUUGCCGCCACCUUCAGUGCCUUCAUAUUCAGAGUGCUGGCGGUGUGGAACCAGGAGGAAGAGACCAUCACUGCUCUGUUUAAGACCCGCUUCCGUCUCGACUUCCCGUUCGACCUUCAGGAGCUGCCGGCGUUUGCCAUCCUUGGGAUUGCUUGUGGUUUUGGCGGCGCUCUGUUCGUCUACCUGAACCGGCUGAUUGUAGAGUGCAUGAGGAAACAGAAGACUAUUAACAAGUUCUUGCUGAGGAAUCCAUCUCUUCCUGUCAGGCGUCUGGUGUAUCCCGCACUCGUCACCCUGCUGAUCUCCACGCUCACGUUCCCUCCGGGCUUCGGGCAGUUCAUGGCCGGACAGCUGACGCAGCACGAGUCCCUGGUGGCGCUGUUCGAUAACCGCACGUGGUGCCGCCAAGGCGUGGCCGAGGAGUUUGACUACAUCAGCCACCACCACGCCUGGAAACACCCGCAGGUCAACGUCUUCGUCACGCUCAUCCUCUUUAUCGUCAUGAAGUUCUGGAUGUCGGCCGUGGCCACCACCAUGCCCGUCCCGUGCGGGGCCUUCAUGCCAGUUUUUCUUAUCGGCGCAGCGUUCGGCCGACUUGUUGGAGAGAUCAUGGCCACUAUGUUCCCCGACGGCAUACAUGCCGACGGCAGCGUGUAUCCCAUAGUUCCCGGUGGUUACGCUGUGGUUGGUGCUGCGGCGCUGUCUGGAGCCGUCACCCACACUGUAUCCACAGCAGUCAUCGUGUUCGAGCUGACUGGUCAGAUCUCUCACAUUCUGCCCGUGAUGAUCGCUGUGAUCCUGGCCAACGCUGUGGCACAGUCGCUCCAACCGUCACUCUACGACUCCAUCAUCCGCAUCAAGAAACUCCCGUAUCUGCCUGAACUGGGCAUGGGACAUCACGAGAAGUAUAAUAUCCGUGUGGAGGACAUCAUGGUUAGGGAUGUGCGCUACAUCACGCUUACCUCUUGCUAUCGGGACCUGCAGGAGAUGCUCCUGACAGCUCAGCUCAAAACCCUGGCCCUGGUUGAGUCUCGUGACUCCAUGAUCCUGCUGGGCUCCAUAGAGCGUCUGCAGCUGCAGUCGCUGCUCUCCCUCCAGCUGAGCCGCCUGCGCAGGCUGGAGUACCUGCGGCAGUUGGCCCAGGACAACGGCGGCCACGAUCACCUGCCAAGCCUGACCACCGACAGCACGCCCAGCUCGCCCUGCUCGCACGCCAACCCCUCGGCCAACGCUCGCCAAGCGGUCCGCUUCCUGGUGAGCACCCAACAGAUCUCUACAGAGGAGUCCGCCUCCUUCAGCCCAGUGGUUUCUAAUGCUCAACUUCCUCUGAAAUCUGCCUUGAAAACCGUGUCGGCCAUCAGCGACGUGGAGACGCCAAAUACCUCUCAGAGCCUGUCCUGUGCCCAACAAGACAACGACGUGCUGGAGAGUCCGGCUGGUCCGACCCCUCCGGAGCUCAGGCCCAAACGCGUGAGGAUCUCCAUGGCGGACUCUCCCGAAGGGGAAGAUGGCAUGACCCCAUCAGAUGUAGCGGAGUGGGAGGAGCAGCAGCUUGAUGAGCCGGUGGAUUUUAAGAACUGCAAGAUUGAUCCCGCUCCUUUUCAGCUGGUAGAACAAACAUCUUUGCAUAAGACCCACACUAUCUUCUCCCUGCUGGGUCUGGAUCACGCCUAUGUGACCAGCAUGGGACGUCUGGUUGGGGUGGUCUCCCUCAAAGAGCUGCGUAAGGCCAUCGAGGGCUCGGUGACAGUGACUGGAGUAAAAGUGCGCCCUCCUUUGGCCAGUUUCCGUGACAAUGGGAACAACACGAACGUAUCCGAGGUAACGGAGCUGCACAAGCUGUGCAUCCGCCACAGAGGGCUGUCGUUGCCGCGGGAACCCAACCCCCCAGACGUGGAGGACCAGCCGGACCUCCCAUACAAAGAGAUCCCCGUCACAUUCUCGGACCAAUCGAACUUGCAGUUCGAAACCGGCCCCGGGGACGUCUCCAGUCAGUCGUCGGAGUUGGUGCUCCAGGAGAGCCCUUCCUUCACCGAGGACCCGUCAGAGUUUACUUUCGACUGCAGCCCCUCCCACACCGAGGAAUCCGAGCUGGCCUUGGACUAUGGCCCCCUCACCCACACUCCAGAGCAGGACGGCACAGAGCAAGAACAGGGGAGUUCGUCUCUGAUCAAGGACCAAUCAGAACCUGAGAGAGAGGCCCUCCCUGCACACACUGAGGAUAACUCAAAAUGAUCAGGGGGGGGGGGGGGGGGAAAUCUCUCACUGUCGCCUCAUGAAUUUUGACGUUUCUUACAUUUGUAGAGGUUACUCUCACCUCUGAGUCCAGCCUAGAUACUUGUGUUUCUAAAGUUGUUGUGGCGUGAUUGAGCGUGCAAGCAGGUGUAAAUGUGACAUUCAUCAUUGUGUUUCGAACAGUGCAAAUACCUCAUUCAAAAGGAUAAAACUGGUUGUAAUCUAUAUUUGAAUUAUUGUCAACAAGUUCCAUGAAAAGAUCAAAAACAACAUCUGCUGGCUUCCCCGCAUUCUCUCGUAUUCCUAUUGAAGAGGCAUGUGUUCAUAAGUGCUUCCAGUUAUUCUGUCUGAUUAGCCCUCUGCUCAGGUUGAGCCGCAGUUUGGAUGGGACUUUAAUUAGGUAACCCCCCCCCCCCUUUGCAACAAGUGUAACAAGGCUAACAGGAGACAGUCACUUCAUAUCAAUCAAUUGUGGUUCUGAGAAAAGGUCUAAUUAGCCACAUUAUCUGAAAACACCUGGAUGGGUGCUCAUGUGCUUUAAAGGCAGAUGCCGCCGAUAUUAUUACAUUACAUGUCAUUUAGCUGACGCUUUUAUCCAAAGCUUACAAUAAGUGCAUUUCAACCAUAAGGAUACAAACUCAAAAAAACAAGAAACAAGUGCAAUUUCAUUAAAUCAGCCCAUUUACAACUUGCUAUAGAUAA